UGGCGGCGUCACGCGAAAUUUGCUACUCCCUCCAAUCCAUAUUAACUGACGCUGGUCUAGUACACUCCCUAUGAUUCAUAUUAACUGACGCUGGUCUAUUAUGAAUAUAAAAACGUUCGCAAUUGCCAUCUCUCGGGGAAAUUCGCCAGCUAAGAGGGCCCUUAGAUUUUGAGCGUUCGGUCAAAGACGCCCUUACUUUCUUCCUUGUAUGUAUAUAUGGCGCUACAGACCACCACAUCCAUUCCAAGGCGCUGAAGCAGAGCAGAGAAGCAUGGCUCCUAGUGCUGCCCUUCCAUGUGAUGAUGCCGGUCGUGAGCUCCCUCACGUUGCCAUCUUCCCGUUCAUGGCGAGAGGCCACACCAUCCCGCUCACCCACCUGGCGCACCUCCUACUACGCCGGCGCCUCGCCACCGUGACCUUCUUCACUACCCCAGGCAACGCGGCCUUCGUACGCGCGGCUCUGCCCGACGGCGUCGACGUGGUCGAGCUCCCGUUCCCGGACGGGGACGGGCACUCUUCGCAGGGUGCGGAGAACGUCGAGGGUGUUGCGUCGGCGUCGUCCUUCGCCGCCUUCACAGAGACCACGACGGCGCUGCGACCGCGCUUCGAGGAGGCGCUCGCGGCCAUGCGUCCCCCCGCCACCCUGCUCGUCGCCGACGCGUUCCUGUACUGGACCGGAGAGUCGGCCGGCGCGCUCGGCGUCCCGAGGCUGUCGUUCCUGGGAACAUCCGCGUUCGCGCACGUGAUGCGGGAGGCGUUCGUGCGCGACAAGCCAGGAUGUGGGCCUCCGCAGUGCGACGCUACGGGCGGCGCCACGGGCACCUACACGGUGCCGGAGUUCCCUCAUGUCCAGUUCCUGCUGGCCGAUAUCCCUCCGCUGCCCCUGCCGGCGAUAGUCCUCGACGCAAAGAUGGCGAUGGCUGUCGUCGGGAGCCGCGGUGUGAUCAUGAACACCUUCCACCACCUCGAGAGCAGCUACAUCGAUCACUGGGACCAGCACGUCGGGCCCAGGGCCUGGCCCAUCGGCCCGCUCUGCCUAGCCCGGCAACCUUCUUUCACCGUCGUCGACGAAGUCCAUAACGCCAAGCACUCAUGGCUGCGGUGGCUGGACGAGAAGGCAGCCGCCGGCCAGUCCGUGCUCUUCGUCGCCCUCGGGACGCUGUUGGCGGUGUCGGACGAGCAGCUCAAGGAGGUGGCGCGAGGGCUGGAAGACGCCCAGGUGAACUUCCUGUGGGCCGUGCGGUCAGACGAUAGUGCUGACCUCGGCAUAGGAUUCCACGAGCGCGUCCAAGGUAGGGGGGUGGUAACGGAAGGGUGGGUGGACCAACCGGCAAUCCUCCAGCACGACUGUGUGAAAGGAUUCCUAAGCCACUGCGGAUGGAACUCGGUGCUGGAGAGCGUGUGCGCCGGCGUGCCAUUGGCGGUGUGGCCGAUGAUGUUUGACCAACCUCUCAACGCGAAGCUCGUCGUUGAUGAACUUAAGGUCGGUGUCAGGGUCAGGUCCACCAGGGGGUUGGUCAAGGGCGAGGAGGUUUCGAGGGCGGUGAGGGAGAUAAUGUUAGGGGACACAAGGGCGUCGGCGGCGAAGAACGCGGCGGUUUUGGCGGGGCACGCACAACACGCCAUGUCCGCAGGUGGUUCGUCGUGGAAAAUGGUGGAGGAGAUGAUUAGCGAGCUGUCUGGGCAGCCGACAGACAAGGCUAGCACGGCACACGUUGGUGGCAAGUAAAUUUUUUUUUUUUUUUUUUUUUGCGA